AUUUAUCAUUGUAGUGUCACAAACAUGAAAGUACUACAUUUGACUACAAACAAUGACUACAACUCCCGGCAUCCGGCUGAGUUUACGGAAGUGGGAGCCGUUAGCAGAUGGUUGCCUCGUUUUUACAUUCUGGUACACGCAUAGGGGCGGCUUCUAUAUUGUAGGAGACAAGAACACCCAUCUCGAGGUACGCAGGUGAUCAAAACAAACGCAACAUCGUUGAGGAUCGAUGACCGUUACUACGUGCGCGAUAGUUAUAGUUGUUGUGGUACAUAGCCUAGCAUGUUUAGUUUCGUAAUAUAGCGUGAUAUAACUUCAUUUAUACAUAAAUGAAACCGUUAGAUUCAGAUGAGGAGGAAUCGGAGCAGCUGAGUGCUUACCAGAAGGAGCUGAGACAACGGGCCAAUCAGAGCCUACUGCAGUUGAGCAGUGCUCUGGAGCAGCUGAGCUCUGAUGGAGAAGAGGUGGAGGAGCCCAGAGGCAGUGAUGGCAGCCUCUUCACCACCAUGGCCGAAGAGGACAAGGCUGCAUGGAGCCAGAAGUCACAGAGCGAAGCAGUUAAUCAGUUGAAGAGUCUUCUACUGAAGCAGUGCAGAGAAAUUCCCUCUCCCCUCUCUCCUUCAAAGAAACAUACUCCAGCCAAGAGAGUACAGCAGGAGGGAAGGUCCAACUUGCCUGCUUUUCAGGAUUUGGUCCCAAUGAUUCACAACCAGUCAGAGUACAUCCAACACCUGGAAGCUGAGGUCAAAUUGUGCAAGGAGGAGCUGCAGGGGAUGAAACAGCGGAUCAGAGUGGUGGUGGUGGAGAAUGAGAAGCUGCAUUCAGACCUCAAAUCAAAAGCUGUGGAUGAAUCUCUGAAAGACUACACGAUGCGAAACUCCACGGUGAAUGAGAGUAUGGCAGCCAACAGCCACAGCAUGCUGCAGAGAGCAGAACACACCACAUGGAAACAUGAACUGGAACAAUUGAAAGGGAUCUACCAGGCUCAGAUUGAAAGCUUAGAGGCUCAGGUCAUCUCCCUCAGGAAGGAUCUGUCGGUCAGUCAGAAGGAGUGUGAAGAGGUGAACGUUCGUCUCAGGCACCGGGAGAAACAGGCUGCAGAUGCACUGAGGGCUGAUGGAGCUCCCCGUGUGGCAGGAUUGUGUCUGAAGUGUGCACAGCACGAAGCUGUGUUGGCUGGGACUCACACAAAUCUGCACGUCCAGGCCAUUGAUAGGGUCACAAAGGAGCGCGAUGAGUUACUGGUGGCUCUGCGUGCUGUGCGGGGUAGCCAGCAGGAGGCACAACAAAGAGAGUGGUCAGCCUGUCUCCAAGUCAAACAGGCUGUGGAGAUGGCAGAAGAAGCUAAUCUGUACAAAGCUAGGGUGGAGGUGCAGUGUGAGCAGCUGUCCAGGGAGCUGGCUCGACAGAGGGAACAAGUAGAACGGGAAGCACAGACCCUACAGGAGAGACUGACUGAAGCCAGAGAGGAGGGCCGAGCUGAGGCCCGCAAACAGAGAGAAGAGCUGGCUCAGACAGUGUCCAGCCUGUCCCAGCAUGUCGCUGAGUUGGAAGGACAGCUAGACAGAGCUUACAGAGACAAGGGCUCACUGACAAAUCAGCUGGAAGAUACUCUUCGCAAACUGACCAGUCAGGAACAAGACAAUACCAAGGUGAGUGUGGAUCUGCGAUAUCAGCUCAGUCAGGCCCAACUGAAGAAAGAGGAAGCAGAGAGAGAGCUCCGAGAGCUCAACACCAAGACCAGCAGGCGGAUGGAAAAGGCUGCACAGGAAGUGGAAAAGCUGAGCUCAGAGCUGGUUGGCUGUCGGCAGCAUCUGGAGGCAGUCCAAAAGGACGGGAGCCAAUGGCAGGCCGAAGCCCUGAGCCUAGCAGAACAGCUGGCAAAUGCCCAGCGCCAACUGCACCUCACCAGACAGGACAGAGAGAGUUCAGUACGGGCUCUUGAAGAGGAAAUGGCGUCUGCAACCCUUUCAUCACGGGAAAGAGAGCGAGCGCUGACUGUGCUGCUGGAGCAAACCGAGGCUCACCACCAGCAGAGAGUUGGAGAGUUGGACGGGCUGCUGAGUUCCCAGAAUUCCCUGAUCAGGAAGCUGAAGGAGGAGUGCUGCAUGCUGGGAGUCAAACUGGAAGAGCUGACAGAAAACAGCAGAGGAGAGCUGGAGCAGCUGGCCCUGGAGAAGCAAAGCGUAGAGGAGACGGUAAAGACUCUGCGAGCUCGCUGCUCCAACAUGGAGGAUCAGUGUGUCCAGCACGGCCGCAUGCACCAGCGCAUGAAGGACAGGCUGCAGCAGUUGGACCGUCACUGUCAGAGCAGCGCCCAGCAGGUGUGUGAGCUGCUGGCCAAACAGAACCAACUGAUGCAGGAGAGAAACGCACUCACUGAGGAGAUGCAGAGCAUACACAUAGAGGUAUACACACACACACACACACACACACACACACACACAGCAGAGUGUGUGAGUCACUGUUUGUGUCUAAAUUAAUUUGUCAUGGUGUCUUUUCCCUCCAGGUGCAAGUUACAGUUGUCAGUUUACUAAAAUAUAAUCAGUAAGAAGACGUUUGUCCCGUCAUGACUAAUGAUUCUGUCUGGUUCUGAAAAACAUGUUGUCUAUAUUCUGUUAUUAUCAGAGUGUUUUAUUGAAUGUGUGUGUGUGUGUCCUUCUAGAGACGAGUGGAUAGUCUGUCCACGUGAGUGUGUCCUGCCUCUUCCUCCUCCUGUCCGUUUGCUCCUGUUGACAAGAACAUAUCAAACUGUUAUUUAGGUUUUUUUACCCAAGACAGGUGUGUUUAUCCUUUUUGUAUUAAGGUAGUUUAUAUACUUAAUUUAAUUUUUCAUUUUAUAUUUUACAGUUGACCAGAUAUCACCAGUUACUGUGAUACAUCGAGCCGUUAGAGGUAUCACGUGUUUUUUAUGCAUUCUUUUUUAUUCAAACAGAUUUAAUAAGCAAAACCACUGAGCUUUUGGGAAUGCACUUACUGAUCAUUUUAAUAAAAAUAAUUAAUUCUA